CUAAAGUGUUCGUACGCAUGUUCCAGUAAAAAAACCCGUUUCUAGAAUGAUCUGCUCUAAGCAUACUCCACUACGGUGUGGUGCAGCAGAAUUCAAGCUACUUAGGUGGGAGUUGGCACAAGGAGAAGAGAGAGCAUGCUCGUUUCAAAUCAGUGGGUAUGAUAAGGCGGAAAAUUUUUCCGAAUUGGCGGGAGCAAGAAGCUUUUCGAAUCCGUUUUUUGAAAUGGACGGCGCUCCGUCGUCAUGCUACUGUAGCAUGGCGGCGAGUAGUUCGAGCGACGUCACCAUGCCGUAUCCCAUACCGAAUGCGUCGAGUGCUGUUUCUCCACCGCAUGCAAGUGACGAUUUCAUCGAAGCGCCUGUCUUCUUUUAUGACAUGGACUACGAUCUCAAAGAUUUAAAUACUGCUCUCAAAGGAGCUGAGUUCCUACAAGACUCCGGCUACCAGUCGGUGCUGGAACGAUCUGCUCAUCCGUUCUCAGCCAGCAUCGUCGAAGAUAUUAUCAGUGAGAAUAGCGAUGCUGCCAACGACGAGGACUGGGAUGGCUUCCUGACGGUCGGGGAGGAUCGGGUCCGAAUCAAGGACAUGUCAGAUAUCCUAGCCUCUCGCUACGCGUUUCUCACUGGGGCUCGAACGAACGAGGGCAUGUCGAUCGUGACGUUUCCGGACUCACGAACUGUAUUGUCAUUCGAGGACUAUCAAACACUCAUAACCUACUUACUACAAGUGCCACCACUGGAAGACAGCCAUAAAGGUUUUGUGGUUAUUGUGGACCGACGCAACGAUAAAUGGUCUUCUGUCAGGACACUUUUUUUGCAGAUAACGUCGUUCUUCCCUGGAACAAUUCGAGUGCUGUUCCUGCUGAAGCCGGAGGGAGUUCUGCAGCGAGCGUUGGAAGUAGGAUACCGUGCCAUCUCCGAGAAUUGUUCCUUUAAGGUAAUCACUUGCGACUCUUCGGUCGAAUUGAGGCGCUUUCUAAGGGCGGAGCAGCUUACGAUGGAUAUCGGUGGCUUGAUAAAGUACAAUCAUCUGGAGUGGGUGCAGCAUAGGAUGGAUAUCGAGCGCAUGAAGUCCUCUGCAUCAGCUAUCGCUCAGUCUUUGAGUGAUUUUGGACGUGUUUUGCGUGAGACGGAACUGCCAAACGAUGUCGAGACUACUGCAAGGAUAUUGCAGAUUCAGACGGCUGAAAGAGACGCCAUAAAGGAGGACUUUCGAAUAUCCGUGCGAAAGGGAUUGUCGCUGCUGCGCGCUGUGCGUCAGAUCGAGUCGAAACCCAAACACGAACUCCUCAGUCCAACCAGGUUACACAACGUGACGGCCAUCGAGCGCAUGCUCGUCCAGCUAGAGGAAACGGAGCGAUCAUUUGACACAUUCUGGGCGAAGCAUGAAAAACGCUUGAUGAACUGCUUCCAGCUUCGACAAUUCGAGGAGAGCUUCAGAAAGUUGCAAUCCUCGUUUGCCCGUCAUAUGCUUUACCUAGAGGAGCAUCGAGCAGUCGGCGAAGGUGUCCAAGCAGCUCAACUUUUGGCGGAGAAACACGAACAGUAUGCUGAAACGGCGCAGGAAGACGUCAAGGCAGCGAAAGCCCUCAAAAAUACUGGCGAAGAGCUGAUUUCCACGAAUGAUGUUGGAAUUUCGGGCAGUCUUCUUCCGAAAUGUGACGAACUUGAGCGUAUGGCGGAAGCACUGAACGGGGCUUUGCAGAGGAGAGCUACUGUGCUCAAGAUGAGCAUCACUAUGCAUACUCAGAUAUCUCAGGCCAAUUCAUGGUGUAAAAAAGGAGUAGAGAUGCUUUCAUCCAUCCUCCAAGAUGCCACUCCGGCAUCUGCAGGUAGCAGUUUGGCGAGAAUGGACGAGUUUCUUGAGGAGGGUUCAAAACUUCAGCUGGAUGCCAUAAGUCAAUCACCAACAAUGAACAGCCUCAUACUACUUACCACGACUGAAACAUCGACCUUGCUUGCUCAGGUGGCCGAGCGCAUUGACGACAUACGGAGGAUGGGAGUGGCGAGGAGAGAUGCGCUGGCGAAGAUGGUCGAGCGCAAGCCCGUGCAGGUGGUCACCCCCGAAAAGACGCAGACGCCUGUGGAAGAGCGCGACAUCGCCAAUGUCCGCGAUCUGCAGUGCUGCUCGAAUUCGGGAUCUCCCCUUGGCUCUCCUCAAAGCCCUCAUUCCAUUUCAAUCGAGUCCUUUGUGGUGGCCGAAUUGUUGAGCACCGAAAGGACGUACGUUGCGGAAUUAGAGUCUCUGAUAGAACACUACGUCGAGCCUUUCCUCGCUCCAGAACACCAACAAAGUAUUGCGGCUCCAGUUCGUGGUCGAAGUGAUUUAGUCUUUGGUAAUCUGCGCGACUUACUUCACUUUCACUCUCGCUUAUUGUUACCGGAUUUGCAGCUGAACGAAAAUUCGUCUUCUGGUAUUUGCCGUGUGUUUGUCCAGCAUGCGAAUAGAUUUCUUUCCUUGUACCACGCUUAUUGUCAGAACAAGGCUGCUAGUGAUGCAAUUCGAAAAGAAUUUUGCGAAAUGUCCUCCUUUUUCGCGGAUUGCCAGCGGCGGGCAGGUCAUCCUCUGCCACUCGGGGCAUAUCUGCUGAAACCUGUGCAAAGGAUCACCAAGUAUCAACUUCUACUGCGUGAACUUGAGAGGCAUUGCCGUCCCGAGGUUCGCCCGGAAGUUGCUGCUGCAUUGUCGACAAUGCUGGAGCUGCUCGCGCAAAUCAACGCCGCCAUUCACCAACUCCAUAUAUCAGGUUUUAAUGGUGAUCUACGCUUGUUGGGGCCGCUCAGGUUGCAGUCCGAAUGCGAUGUUUAUCAGUUUAGCCGGAAGAAAAAGGGGAAGACUGCUCGAGCACAGCGUAGGCAUCUGUUCCUGUUCGAUGGGGGUGUCUUAUUCUGCAAAAAACGGAACCCUCCAAGUCAGCCGUCGACCGCAGAUCCUGAGUACUACGAACACAAAAUGUGCAUUCCCAUGUCUUCACUUGGUUUCUCGGAAUGCUCGCGCUCAGGCUCAUCUCGAUUCGAACUCUGGGAUGAAGCGAGAUCAGAUGCGUAUGCAGUGGAGACAUGUGACACGGAACAACGAUCACGAUGGAUCCACAGACUCUCUCGCGUCGUCCCGCGCGAGGAUCAACUCAUUCGACAGCGACCAAAAAGCUGGACUAGUACGAUCUCCAAUGACUCGACUUGCUCCAGCAGUACAAGGAGCAGCGACAGUGAAGUGCCAGUUGACACCAAUGGUAAUUCAAAAACGACAGCAAUCUUCACACCGUCUUUACAUAGUCCAACGGACACAGCGGCUGAGGUAGACGUACCUGUCACUUCCAUAGCUCCGAUCCCAGAAUCACAUUCAGCAGAGGAACUUGUUGACAGCUGCUGAGUUAUCAAUUUCACUGAAUCACACAACUGGUACCUACUCUCAUAAUGACUUUUUGACCCAACUACUGUCUGUACCAAUUGAGAGAAUGGUCUUAUUGAAUUACCUGUGAUCUUUCUAUCAGUCGAUUGCAUGUUUCGCUGUGCGUUUUAGUCAAAAUUUCCUCUCCGCUGAAUCUUUCAACAAUAGACGCUGUACAGUCGAAUCAUUAGAUAUGAUCAUGUGGGUCAUUGCACACGCUGUCCACCUUUGGCGUUACAAUCCUGGAUUCGUGGAGGAGAUAACCCUUCAGAUAAGUGCUUUCAAUGUGUUCCUGAUAUUUUCUUUCCUCUUUGGACAGUAAUCACCUCAAAGUAAGGUAAGCGAGAAAAGGUCAGAUCCUUGCGUUUUCGCGUUUGCGAAUCCAGGAUGAGGACGCCAAAGAUGGACGGUGUGUGCAACACACAUACGGUCAUAUGUAACGAUUCGACUAUAUGUUACUCACCUCUUUUAUUGCGCUCAUUCCCAUAUAUAAAGCCAUGACUCCUUCCCUAUCCAUUUUCCCAUCCUCCUGACUCGUUGUUGCCAUUGACAUCCCCAGCGUCCUAUUAUAUCUUACCUGUCUCUUAUUGUUAGAAUUUUAUCACAUGUGAGUGGUAUAUUCUUGUUUAAUGUAUAUGUGGAUUAUUGUGUAAUAAUAAUCAUCCCUGUGAGCAGCAUUUACCGGUAGCGCAUUUUAUACUACUGUUAAACGAAGCUCACCUAUCAAGCGCUUCUGAGUUGUUUACUCAUGGUGUGAUCUGGUGCUACUGUGUAGGUACCGUUUUUAUCUCUC